CUAGCGAUCCACCCAUCAGAACCACGUCAAAGAUGAUGCAGCUCACAAUGCGCUCGAUUCUGAAUAUUCUGGGCUUAGCUGUGGCUGUGGCUGUGGUGCAAGGUGUGACAAGUGAAACCGCCAGGAGCUACGUAACAAGCAUGACUGACAAGCUGCACUUGCUGGUGAUGGAGAGGCAUCUCAUAGUGAAUCUUCACGAAUACAUCGACAAGCUGCAGGAGAGGGCCGAUACGCUGAAGAGGCUGGCCCAGGAGCUGGAAAGUACACUGAAAGCAGCCGAGGGCCGGGAGAAGGAGUUUCUCUCCAAUCCCUUGCACACCUACACACUCAUACGUCACAUGCACGCAGACUGGAUCCAGCUGGAAAGGUCCAUGCAGCAGCCGGUCGGUCAGGAACAAAUUGAUUUUAUCAAAGAAAUGCAACCCGAGCUACCGCUGAGCAGGGAUGUGAUGGAGGUUACGGCAGCCAUGUACCGAGUACAGCAGACCUACGAAAUGGAACCGGCCGACAUGUCCAGGGGCCUGCUCGAUGGAGUGCAGCUUAAUGCGAACCUUUCGAUCCUCGACUGCUAUGGGAUGGGCGCUCUUCUCUUCCGAGCGGCUGAGUUUCAAGAUGCGUCCAAAUGGUUGCGCACGGCCCGACAUCUGUGGAAUCAGUCCCAGGCCGACCUUUAUGUGCUACUGAACGUGUCGCGAACCGAUAUUUCCUCACUCCUGGCCAGAUCGCUUAUUGCAAACGGUGAAUUAGAUAGUGCUCGAGCUCUGUUGAUGGAUGAGCCCGAAUUGUGGACUCGAAAGGAGGAAUUUUUCGCGGAGUAUUGGACUGAUAGAAAAUCAACAGACGGUAUAGUAGAUAGAUAUAUCGGAAGAUUGGAAAAACCGUUCACCAAACUCUGUGGCUCAUCCCGCAAUCCAAAACCAACUCGACUGGCUUGCUAUUACAAAACGAGUCCGUCCGAGUUUUUGCGUCUGGCGCCCUUCAAAGUGGAGCUGUUGUCCAAGGAUCCUUACGUAGUCGUCUUCCAUGAUGUAAUCCACGAGUCGGAGAUUGCCGAAACCAAACUCUGUGGCUCAUCCCGCAAUCCAAAACCAACUCGACUGGCUUGCUAUUACAAAACGAGUCCGUCCGAGUUUUUGCGUCUGGCGCCCUUCAAAGUGGAGCUGUUGUCCAAGGAUCCUUACGUAGUCGUCUUCCAUGAUGUAAUCCACGAGUCGGAGAUUGCCGAACUGAUCCGUAUCGGAGAACCAACGCUCAAACGCACAGGUGUUCAAAACAUCACUCAAAGCAAACAUAUUAUUAUAUCAAAAGAUCGCACGGCGAGUGGCUCUUGGAUUUUGAAUGGAAAUCUAACUAUGUUGGAAAGGAAUAUGAUUGGGCGAAUUCAAAAGCGGGUCGAGGACAUGACUGGACUAAUAAUCGGUUUUUCUAAAACAGAUUUGCAGUUCUUAAAUUAUGUUUUCGGCGGACAUUAUGAGUCCCAUUACGACUUCUUCAACUCCUCGGCAUUCCCCCACGAUCGUAUUGCUACCACGUUAAUCUAUCUCAAUGAUGUGGUUAAAGGUGGGGCCACUGUCUUUCCCGAACUGGAACUAGUGGUGCAGCCAGAACGGGGCAAGGUGCUCCAUUGGUACAACAUGUUGCCUGGAACUUUCGACUAUGAUCUGCGCUCUCUUCACGGCGGAUGCCCAGUUCUGAUCGGCGAGAAGAUAGCCCUCACUAACUGGAUAUACGAGUGGGAUCAAAUGUUCAGGAAGCCUUGCUUGCAAUCACCCGUGAAUCGCACAUACUAUUUCGACGUUAAAGAUUAAACAUUUAAAUAAUAGAUUACAAAUUUAGUUUUUUCUAAAAAUAAUGUUUUCAUAAAAGUGCAUGUUAAUCAAAUUCUCCUAAACACUGUAGCUAUUGCUUGGAUUCUCCACGAAAUCCCUUUAAGGAUAUAUUGAGAAACCAGGGCUGGAAACCCAA